UUCUUCAGUCUUCUUCCAGAAACCGAAAAUCAAACCCUAAAGAACAAAAACAAAAGAGAAACCAGAAAAUCCUCCUUUUAUUUAUUUUAAAUUUCCGAUCGGAAACCUUGAUCCAGAUCCCGGUCCAGACCUGGAAGACCUCAAGCCAUGUCAUCGUUGUCAGACCCGCCGCCGAAGAUCCGAAUCCGAUCGGUAUGGGCCGAUAACCUCGAGGACGAAUUCCAUAAGAUCCGAUCCGUCAUCGACGAUUUCCCGAUGAUCUCCAUGGACACGGAGUUUCCCGGCGUCGUCGACCUCCCCGACGCCGUGUUCCGUGACCGGGAGGUGCCGAAAGACCACGCCGACGCGAACUAUCUCGUUCUCAAGGCCAACGUCGACCAGCUCAACCUGAUCCAGGUCGGCCUGACUCUCUCAGACCGCGCCGGCAACUUGCCGGAUUUAGGAUCGGAGGUGAAGUAUAUUUGGGAGUUCAAUUUCAAAGACUUCGACGUGGCGCGUGAUAAGUACGCGAACGACUCCAUCGAGUUGCUGCAGCGCCAGGGCAUCGAUUUCGAGCGCAACAGGGACCAGGGGAUCGACUCGUACAAAUUCGCCGAGCUGAUGAUGUCAUCCGGCCUCGUCUGCAACGAGGACGUGACGUGGAUCACGUUCCAUAGCGCCUACGAUUUCGGAUACCUGGUCAAGCUACUGACGUGGCUGCCGUUGCCGGAGGACCGGGCCGGGUUCUUGGACCGGGUGAAGGUGUUCUUCGGCUCCGGAGGCUACGACGUGAAGCAUCUGGCGAGGUGUUCGUCGCAUCUAUGGGGUGGAUUGGACCGGGUUUGCCAGGCCUUGAAUGUGGGCCGGGUCGUUGGAAAGAAGCACUUGGCCGGGUCGGAUAGCCUCCUCACAUUGCACGCCUACCAGAGGAUCAAAGAGCUGUACUUUAGCAAAGGUGGAUUAGAGAACUACGCCGGCGUUUUGUAUGGUCUAGAUUCUCGAAACCAUCGCUGAAAUCUACUCCCUUAUGGAUUUCUUUCGCUGUUUAGUAAAUUUUGUAUACAGUUUGCUUGCUCAAUAUUAUUAGGCCUUAUUAAUCCUU